UGGCCUCACACUCAGUUAAAUUCAGCUGUUAAAGUGCCACUUCGUUUUUAAUAGAAACUAGGUAGAAAUACUAAAAUGAUAUGAUACUUGGAUUUUAUACUUGGAUUUUAAUUUCUUUGCAGACUUGAAAAAUGAGAUUUAUUUCUUCAUUUGGGUACCUUGGAAAGGUUAAGUAUUUUUCUCCUAGGGAGAGAGAAGACAAUUCAUCUGUUCAGGAAGAUGUUAUAAUCUGAAAAGAUUUCAGUGAUAAUCUUGACAUGAUGGGCAGGAUGCUGAACAGUGCUGUCUCCAACGCUUUCUACUUGGUCACCUACCUUUGGAAGGUCUUGGGAAUUGUCUUUUCUUUGCAACUGCUCGGCCUAAGACGACUGUGCUCACCCUCUUCAGAGACCAAGCAGAAGGUUCUGGCUGUAGUGGAGAAGUUAAAGAAGAAAGAGGAUGCGAUUCUUGAUGACAUCUCGGCCCUUCCUCCUGAUGAAGAUGUCCUGGCUGUGACUGAUAGUUCAGGGUACAAUGCCUUACAGCAUGCGGUUAUAUCAGGAGAUGUUACAGCAAUUAAAGGUUUACUCAGAUUAGGAUUCAACCCAGAUUCUGCAGUCUGUAGCCCUGCAAUUCACAUCGCGGCACACCUGGGUAAUCAGGAAAUGGUCAAGAGUAUCAUAGCCUUUGGAGCGAGACUGGACCGAGAAGUCGGUAUGUGUUUUCCACAUCCCCACGUACCUGUUUACUUCAGGGACAACUACUUGGGCCUCAGCCAACACCCAGUGCACAAGUGCCACGACAGGAAAAGAUCACCCAUCCAAUGCGCAAUAGAUGGUGAUCAUGUCUCCGUGGUAAAGUCCAUUAGCAAAGCCAUGGGUUACCGUUGUUCUCCUUCAACAACUCUCCCUGCGCAAUUAAUACAGUAUUCCUGCAGGAUGGGAUCUCUGGAGUGCAUUAAACAUUUCGUUAAUAUGUGGCCAGAGUUAAUAGAAGAACAAGAUGCGAAUGGUGACUCGCCCUUGAUGCUGGCAGUUCCUUGGGGUCAAAACCAUGUGCGAUUCCUAAUAGACAAAGGGGCAAAUAUGAGAAAGGUGUCCAAGCUGGGUGAAACUGUUCUUCAUAGACUUUAUAGGAACACAAAAGAUGGUUAUUUCUCUAUUUUUGAUACAACAAAAUUCCUGUUGACCGCAGGCCUUGAGGAGGAUGUUAAUAUGAAAGAUUUCAAAGAAGAAACCCCUCUGCAUAUCCUUGUAGGCCACUUAGCUUUCGUAUUAAAGGAUGUUUGCUCCAGUGUUACAGAUGGAAGCUCCCUAGAGCAAGUCCAGAACGAGUACCAGAAACAAGUUGUGCAAUGCAUGGGUCUGCUGUUACAGUACAAUGCAGACAUCAAGGCCACAAAUGCUAAAAAGCAUCAGCCGCUUUCAAAACUGCUGCACAUAACGGUUGCAGCUUGUGAUCGUAGAGACCCACAUCCUUGCAUUUUUCUGGACCCAGGUGACGAAUAUUUCAACAACUUUGCCAUCCUGAACGAUGCCCUUAAGGUUCUGCUGAGCCAUGGAGCCGACCCCAAUGCUCAAUGUGCCUUAGGACAUACAUCUCUUCUUCUUCUCUUACAGUGCUUGUUAUACGGUUGUCCCAAAUCCUUAUGCAGUCAGGCAGAAAACUUUUUGCACUGCCUGGAAACUCUUUUGUCUCAUGGUGCUGAACCAAAUUUCACAACACAGAGUCAGGCCACUUGCUCCACUUUGUUGGCGAGAAUAGGUCAACGCUCCUUCUCUCUGAAUCAGUCACGGAAUGGUGAAGACGUAACAUUACACGAACAAUUUAGUAAACUACUGAAUCGGUGCCUGAGGUUACUCCUUCAACAUGGGCUUAAUCCAAACCAUACCACAACCAAGAGGAGUCGCCAUUUACAAGGCGGAACGGGGAACGCCCUUAUCGAAUUUGUUCGUCUGGCAGAACAUGCUACCCUCCCUCGUGACCUAAAAGCUGUUCAUGAUUGGCUGAAAACCCUGCUACAGUGGGGUGGAGAUCCGGAUAUUGAGCCGUAUCCGUCAGAUCCGAUUAUCUGCCACUCCCAAAGCUCCAUCUUCCUGAAGAAGCAGGCUUCUCAGCCGGUCAAUCAUUACAUACAUGAAGUCAAGGAUCUUCAGUCCAUCUUUGACCACGGACAUGCUCUGGACCUGUUGCUGCUGUUUUACCACACCAUGGAUCACAGGAUUCUGUUUGAGUGCCUGCGCUCUGCAAAGUUCAUGUCACAUUUCCAUCCGAUGGGUGCUACUGGUCAAGACUUCCUGUCUGCUCUGAAUGAGUUGACAGAUAAUCCCCGCAGUCUGAAGAACAGCGCACGGGUUGUUAUUUACAAAGCUUUAAACCGCUCCCUGGCUAAAAAAAUCCCACAACUGCCACUACCAAAACGUGUGCAACACUAUCUGCUUGACAUAGAACACUAGGACUUUCACUGCAUAAAUUUUUGAAAUCCCAUAAAUGUUGUGAAGAAUGAGUUGGAUAUUGCUCAGGAUAAAUGAAAAGCAUUUUUUUUUUUAAUAUUUUGAAGAGUAUUUGUUCGUGUAGAUAUAUGCAUUCAUGAGUGAUGUGAUAUACCACGGUAUGUUAGCCUACAAACAUUUGACUUUGGACAGAUCCGGUGAAUUUGAUAAUGAUGUUGUUUAUAUUGUCUAGAAAGUUCGUGGUAAUACAGUAUUUUCAUGUGCCAUUUAUUUUUACAUUAUGAAUGUUUAUUAACUUGUUCUAGUUUUCAAAAUUAUCUUUAUAUUUCGAUCAUGGUGCUUGCCUUCUUGUUACCCUAAUUUGAAAAUCUGUGUUAUGUUCUUACAUAUUUGUGACAUCUACAUAUGACAUGUAAAAUAUAUAUAUAUAUAUAUAUCCAACAAUUUAUAUUUUAUAAGUGUCUUGCAUAAUUAUAGACACAUAUUUUCAUAAAAUGUUAUUGUGCCAUUCUACCCAGUCAGUUAAAUUUGGUUGAUAUUCGGCCUUGUCUUGUUUGAAAAGGGUAUAAAAAUGGAAACUAUAAACGUACUGAUUAUGUACACAUGUACAUAUAUAACGAAAACGAGAAAACCUUCUCAUUUUCUACAUACAUAUAUGUAUAUAUAUUUAUGUAGAUGUGGUUUUCAUUUAUGUUUGUGCAAUUACAGGCUUUCAGCUGUAAAUUAUGUGUAUUUGCUAAACUCAUUUGUAUAUUUUUUCUUUAAAUGAAAAGUAGAUUGCUAUUACGAAAAAAAACAUAAAUACAUCUCACUAUGAAACAAACUGUUAUGCUUUUGUGCAAAAGGUAUUUUUGUUGGGGGCCUCUUUGGCUGAGGGGGUUAGCACGCCAGCAGGGUUAGUACGCCAGCAUGUCGUAAUGACCCAGGAGGCUCUCACCAAUGCGGUCGCUGUGAGUACAAGUGCUGCUCAUGUUGGUUUCCUCUCUGGCCAUGUGUUGGAAGGUCCUCUCCAGCAACAUGCAGAUGAUCGUGCGUUUCCCCUGGCUGUGCCUGAUUUCCUCCCACCAUAAUGCUGGCAGCCGUCGUGUAAGUGAAAUAAUUUUGAGUACAACGUAAAACACUGAUCAAGCAAAUAAGUAAACCAUUGUUGUGUUAUUCACUUAGUUCUUUGAUAAUUUGAAUCAGAAUUUAAGGAAUAUUGUGAGUUCACACGUUUAGAAGAGAUACAUGUAUAAGUAAGGUGGCGGCUCUCGCAAACUAGUGGGAUUUAAUGGUAGCUGCUAAGGGCACCAUUUAGCAGACAGACCAUACAGGGCGAGAUGUAUAUUCAGUUUAGCAAACAGCGUAAACUCAUGCCUUUUAGCCAUGCUAGUGUGUGAGAGCCUCCAACAUGUCUUGUCUAAACCUGCGUGGACUUGUGAAAUUCCUGGAAAGCUGAUUCAGCUUCCUAAGGUCUGCAAAACAACCGAACUCAAGAAGUCACUGAGUGAAGGAUGCAGCAUGACAUGCAUGGUCGUAUUUAAUUAUAUUCUGUUUUUUUAAAUAGGGUUAUCAGUCGUAUUUAAUUCUAGUCCCAUUAAUCUACAUGGACAUGUAUGUUGACCUUCAGUAUAUUUGUCAUCAUGUGUUGUGUUAAAAGUGUAUUUUGUUAUUUCUCCUGUGCAUCUAGGGAAACUCGUCUUGUUAAAGUGCCUGGGGGAAACCUGGGGUUAUUCAUAUGUAAAGCUUUCAGUCAGAAAUCUUGGUACAUGUGCAUGAGGGUACAGUAUUUGUUGACCCAGUGUUGUUUCAC